AUGGAGCCUCACCCCACACUAGACGCCCCGGACAACCCGCUGCACCUGAUUGUCAGCCUCAUGAACACGGGGGACGUUGCGCUCAAGCUGUUACGGGACCCGCACACCGUGCUCGACCCCUUCCCGGCGCAGAAGUUCGCGAUCACGAGCACAACCGGCCGCCCGCCGGCGUUCAUCGGCGGGACAGGCAAGUACGUGCCCGAGGCUGUCGUCAGGGCCAACAAGGACGACGCAUUUCUGCUCUUCCCACCAGGCUCGUACGUCAACAUCAAGUACGACCUAACCAUUGCGUACAACUUUAGCGAUGCGGGAGACGGGCCGUACACCGUAUACCCCGCAAAUUUGUUCCAGCACCUCAAUGCGGACGGCGCGCUUGUGACCAUCGCCGCGAACAUCACGCACGCGAGCCACCGCAUCCGGCUUUCCGGCCCGCCCACCGUCACGCCGCCGCCGCCGCCGGGCACGUGCCCCGCCCCGCAGUCACAAACGCGAUCGCGGCUGCAGAAGCGGAUCAACUUCCACUGUUGCACGUUUACGCAGCAGGCACAGCUCGCCGAUGCGGCGGCCGCGGCCCAGAUCCUCGCCGAUGCGGCACACAUGUACCUACUCGACAUGCUUGCGCACCAACUGCAGCCCUCCGCGACGCCCCGCUACCGCGCCUGGUUCGGCCCGUUCUCGCCCGCGCACCACGGCUUGAUCUUGACCCACUUCCGCAACCUCGCCGAGCACAAGUUUACGUCGUUUACGUACGACUGCACGUGCCGGCACCCGACGAUGUCGGCGUAUGUGCACGGGAUGAGCCCCGCGCACUACGGGAUCAUCUACAUCUGCCCCGCCUUCUGGUACUCGAACCUUGUCGGCACGGACUCGCAGGCCGGCACCCUCAUCCACGAGUCGUCCCACUUCGCCGCCGUCGCCGGCACCCACGAUGUUACGCUCGGACAGAAUGCCUCCCUGGAGCUCGCGCUCCGCGACCCCCGCCUCGCAAUUAUGAACGCGGACAACCACGAGUACUUUGCGGAGAACCGCAACCCGGAGCUGCCGUAG